AAAAAUAGCUUUCAAGUUUGUAUUGCAUCAUCGUAUGUGUGAUAUUGAUUACAGCGCACACUGUUGCUUUCAAGAGUAUUGUGUUCACUUGUCAGUUAUAAUUGUAAUUGUUGAUAGCAUGGAGAAAAGUGGUAAUCCUCCCCCAUACGGAUGGGGCAACGGUUAUCACGUGCAAGUGCAACCCCCGCCGGCGGCACCGCCGAGCUACUCGCAGGCGGUCGGGGGAGUCGGACCCUCCAGCCCCUACACACCUCAUUAUCCUCCCACUGCCGGGCCUCAAAUUGUAACUACAGUUGUACCAGUUGGACCACAGCCUACCCACAUGAUCUGCCCAAGCUGCCAUGCUGAAAUAGACACUGCCACCAAAACGAAACCAGGCCUGCUUGCAUACAUAUCUGGCGCCAUCAUAUUUUUGCUGGGAUGUUUCUGCGGUUGCUGCCUCAUCCCUUGCUGCAUAGAUAGUUGCAUGGUGAUACACCACAAAUGCCCCAACUGUGGGGCCAAACUUGGACGUUAUCAACGAUAAGGAUCUACUCAGUGUUGUUAGUUGUGUAAAUAAUACAUAGUAGUAGGAAAUAUCAUCUUAAUACAAAAAAAAAUUAACAAUGAUCUGAAUCCAAAAAUCUCCGCAUUUAAUUUUGCCAGAGAUGUAUUUAUAAGGAUGGUUUUUUAGCAUAUUUAAAGCUUAUACUACAUAAAAAAUUUACACCAGUUUGUUUAGGGCUUAUUGGCCUACAAAAAUCGAUUUUUCUAAUAUGCAGACUAAUUAAUAUUUUAUGAAUUUGUGCUGCUACUUUCAUACAAAAUGCCAAAUAAUAACCUUCCCUUUUAUUAAACCAGUUAUAUACCCCCAAAGCUAAAUUUUAUUGGGAUUUUUUAAGUACUGUUCGUAAUUGUAGGCGCAACUGAAAUAAGCGGUCGCUCGUGCAACAUUUGUACCAGCUGCAGUGAUUAUGUGUGGCUGGUGACCUUCUCCUUCUUAGGUGCUCCGUGUAGUAGUUGAGGUCAUCUGUGGUUUAGGGUCAAACUAAAUUUCAUUCAUGGUAUUACAAAACUUAUGAGAGGAAGAAGCUACAUCAACUCAUGAAUGUCGUUUUUAAAGAGAAUAGUGACAUGUAAUUAUAUGAAUUUACACUUCAACAAUUUUUCUACAAUGUGUCUCAUUCCUGAAUAAAAUUUGUCAAAAUGUUAUAUGUAAGUUUGUAUGUUGUUAUCGAACUGUUCAGCGAAAAUGUUCAAUCCAUUGUUCGUAAUAAUAUAACAUUUAAACUUUACUAUGUUCCGUGUUUCAAUUUCAACAAUAUACAUAGAGUAACUUAAUCUUAACCAUAAAACGCUAACCAUUUUAUAUUUUUAAUUUAUCUUAUACCUUUAAACGAGCAAUUCUUGUAUAUGUAUUUAUAUAUUUCGGGGAUCUCGGAAGCGGCUUAACGAUUUCGGAUAAAUUUGCUAUAUGGGGGUUAUCAGGGGCGUAAAAUCGAUCUAACUAGGUCAUAGGACCUAGCUAAGACAGAGAUAACUGGGAAAACGCGCAUUUCUGGGUUUUUAUGUUUUCCUAGCAAAACUCGAUCUUCCAGAUAUUAUUUAUUAAUGGUUGUAUCACCAGUAAGUAAUUAUAAUUUACUAUUUUUUUGUGAUCCAUGAAUUUAGUAAUUCCGGUUAUGUGUUCAUUUCAGUCAUUUCUAAUUUAAGCUGCCUAUAGAUAUCACACGUUCUAUUGUAUUGAUCUGUCUGUAAUUAAGUUAAAAUAAUAAUUAAGUUCUAGGCAUAACAUAUUUUCAUGCUUGUAUGUAUACUAAAGUAUCUAAUUUAAAUGUUAUAUAUCUAAUUGAUGAGUACCUAUAUUAAGUACUAAUCUUAAUAUAUAAACACAGUAAGAUAGAUAUUGAUGUACCUAAUUAUUCCUAUAACAUGGAAUCCUUGCUUUGGUGUUUAAUCUGUAUUAAAUUAUUAAUAUAUUAAUUAACUAAUACAAGUUAAAUUACGAAAGCUAUCGAUUCGAAAUCCGAGUUUAAACUUGAAUUGUAAAAAUGAGCUUUAUAAAGUGUUCAUCACCUUUCUACUAAAAUUUUAGACUGGUUGAGACUAAUUUUUUUUUUAUAAGGCGAGAGUCUCAGAAAUGUAAUUUCGUAAUUGGUUUUGUUUUGAGAUAAGUGCUAUAUAAUUAUAUUAAAAAUUAAAUAACGUCUAAUAAUAGGUAUAUUAAAAUGUAAAUGAUGAUUUCAACGAAUAAUAUCGUUAGUAUAGGGUAUUUGACUGUAUUUAAAAUAAAUUCUUUUUUUUACACCAUGGUCCGUGCAUGAAAUAAAGCACCAGAAGAUUAAUAGAGAAACGUAGACAGCAGUUAUUUUUAGAAACAAUUUAUAUUUUAAAACCCGAUAUUAAGUGCCAGUUGCACCAUCCGCACUUGACAGACUGAUCAACGUCACCCGGCGCGCCGCGGCGGUUUACUAUGAAACUAUCCAUACAAUAAAAUUUAGCGAACACUUUAACGAUCACAAACAGUUGGUGCAACCGACCCUAAGAGUAGGUAGUUUCAUUGUGACGUCACGUUCAAAAUUCCGUACUAGCAAAAUCGUUUUGACAGUUCGAAAAAAGAAACUGAUUUGACUCGUAUACAAAUACCAAAGAUAGAUAUAACUCCGUAAUAGAUGGAUGUUUUAAUGUUUAUUUGGGCACAAACGGUACAUGUUUCUUAUAACUAGUGUCUUAUACAUAAUUCAUAAACCAAUAAUAAUGGAUACAGUCUAAGGAUAAAACGUGCCUCGAAAAUCACGAAAAUUUGAUUCUCGAUCAGAGGGCGCUACUAGCUUUGGCCUACUGUCGUAUAGAUGGCGUUGACGGUUUUGUUUGUUAUUUAACAAUUUUAACGCAUAUCAGUGAAAAAACAUGGAUCAAAAUCAUAAAAAUAAUUAAUGCAAAUAAAAAAAAAACAUUUAUCCAUAUUUAAAUACAUUGUAUUGUAUUUUUAUAAAUCUUCAUUUAUAGUUUUAAAGUGUGUCGACAGAUGGCAGUGAAUUUACUGGGGUUACAAAAUUUACUAUGACAGUACCGCUCUAGUAUAGGUUACUCUAUGCAAAUACCCUAUUGUUAGACCUGUCACUAUGCCUAUUACUUUAGCACUUACAUACUUGUUAGAACGUGACAGGCGAUAAAAUUGCGACCGCUUAAAUCAAAUCAACUGAUUUGACUACUAGUCAAAUCAGUUUCUUUUUUUGAAUUGUGAAAACGAUUUUGCUACUAUGGAAUUUAUAUGAAACACUAGCAUAUGACGUCACAAUCAAAUCACCUACUCUUAUACGGGUUUUAAAAUAGAAAUUGUUUCCAAAAAUAACUGCUGCCUUCGUAUCUAUAUUAAUCUUCUGGUGCUUUAUUUCAUACAUGGUGUAAAAUAAUUUAUUUAAAAUACCCUCGUUUUACUCCCGGCUACAACCCCCGCGCCGGAUGCUUGCGUCGCUCCCGAGCACUGGCGCUCUUUCUUUUUAUCGCUAGUAGACUUCUGUCAGUGUCAAUAGCAAAAUGACCUUCAAAUCGACGUUUGCCGCGAUUGUUCAGUAUUACCACAGAAGCGUUAGCGCUAUACGGCCUAUACGAUAUGACAAUAUUACACAAGUAGUAGGCUCUUUUUAAUUUUGAUUCUUCUUCACUCUACAGUGAGCGUUGAGACCCAAAUCACCAAGGCUGUAGCUACAGACAGCUUCUUAAUGAUAUUCUUAUCAAGGUAGCUAAGAAUAUGAAAAAUAUAGUUUGGUCAGCAAACUAGUGUUUCCAAAAAGGGCCGUAAUUAAAAAGCGCGAAAGGUUCAAUACUAUUCUAACUAUAUAAACCUUUUUUCACCACACUACUCAUACUCUUGUUUCUUUAAAAACCUUAGAGGAUAUAACCAAACGGAGACGCCUUGUCUGUAAUUUUCUUUACAAAAAAGUCCGCCGAUUUUUGCGGGGGAGGGGAAUGUCAAAUAGCCAUGUCAGGUAAACGUCAGUGCAUAUAUUGUGUAUGACCAUUGGCCGACUAUUUUCGACAGAGGAGAACGUCUGUUAAUGGCUACUCCGUUUGGUAAUAUCCUCUAAGUUAAAACCCGAUAAAGAAGUUGCAUUUACGACCUUCAAGAAAAUAGCGUACUCCCAUAUUAACGGUUAGCAACGCACUUACAACCCCUCUGGUGUUGCGGGUGUCCUUGGGCCACGGUAACCGCUUACCAUCGUGCGAUUUGUCUGCUAGUUUGCCUCCUAUAUCAUACAAAAAAAUAUCCUCUUAAAUGGCAAAGUAACUUGAUGCAUAUUUUGAGUUUUUUGCUCACUUUGGCAUGUUGAAUAAGCUUUUUAGAGUGAAGAUUUUAUGGGAUAAGUAUUCAAUAACAUUCGUUUCAGUUCUAUUUGUAAUAUUUUUCAGCUCAAUUUGAAUUAGGCUAUGUGAGUGCAGUGAGUAAGUAUGCACUUUUGUCCCAGGCGAUGCCGCUUGGCACGAUUGUUCCUAAGGACAAACAAAGCUGAUUUAGCCCGGUCCCGCCGGUAGCCAUCAGAUCGUAACGUGCCUACCCCCCAUAAGGGGGGAGGGGGAAGGGUUGGCUCCCCAGGUCCAAUCUAUGCUAUAUUUCUUCCUACUCUUAGCAACUAGGGCAAGUUAUAUAUCAUUUUCACCUCAGCAGCUCGAACAAGGCUACUUUCGUCACUCCCUGGAGUGAGGAAAGUGCGACUUUCCUCACUCCAGGGAGUGAAACAAAGUAGCUUUUUAAUUUAGUGAAGGCCAUUAACUGCCACACUUUUUUUUGUCUGUAUUAUUCUGUGUAAUUCGAAAUACAUUUUAACCUUUAAUUUGUUGAGGUGAAAAAUUAUGUGUGCAACACGAGAACAAAGUUAUUUUACAUCUCGUGUUUUUGAGUCCCUCGCUACGCUCAAGCUUCGCUUUCUCGGGACUCAAAAUAAACACGAAUAAACAAGAAAAACCAACUUUCCUCUCUUGUUGCACAAAUAACUAUUUCAUAUAAUUUAGGGACGAAAACAUUUUAUUCAUACUUUGAAAACGCAUUUCUAUGGAAAUCGUCACUCAAUCCGCUACAUAUUUUUACAAAAAAAUGUAUGACUGCCUGCUUUGAAGUGAUACUUUAUAGAAUAAGGAAUCCCUAAAUUAUAUGAAAAUUAUAUGUAUAUAACUUGCCCUAGUUGCUAAGAGUAGGACACUUACUUUAAAAAAGUCUUGAGAAGGUACUAUCAAAAACUAGUCCUUUAGGGUGAUAUAAUAAUAGCCCACAUCUAAAAAAAAAACAAAUUAUCGCGGUUUUUUUCGAUUUUUGACUAAGUUGCGUUCGGCGCUCGAGGUCUCAAACUUGGAUUAAGUAUUCAUUGAGCCAACAUCAUAAACAA